ACAAAAUGGUUGAUCGAGGAGGGGUAGAAGAGCUAUAGUAAAACUAGAAAGUGAAGUGAUCAUUAUUGUGUAACCAGUGACGCGUUGCCAAUUAAAAGAUAAACAAUUAAUUGGACAAUAUGAGGUUCGAGAUGGGCUUGAGGUGUCAAACUUUUGUGGUUUUGUGUUACGCAGUUCUUACAAUAGCUGAUAAAGAUGUCAAAAAUAUAAAAGUGACGCCAACAACUCAGAAUAAAAACCAUGUAGUAGACCAGAAUUUCAUCACAUAUGCAUUCCGACCUCGCGCAAUACCGCUGAAGAUACAUGGAAAGCCGACCCCAUCAGCAGAAAAACCAGUAUACUAUACACAAGACAAUAAAUAUAAAACUGAAAUACUUUUCCCCGGUAAUUACUUUACAAUUCCCAAAGAGAAAAGUAAAGACACAGUAGAAGAUUCCGCGUAUAAUCCCUUAGUUGGUGGUCAGUUUGAACCGACGGCGAUACCUUUGUUGAGAGGUCAGGGAUUUGCGAAGAGAUCGCUUGAUUUGGAUGACGUUUCAACAGAAAAUCCCAAGGAACUUGUAGAUCAAGCCGCCCAAAGAAGAUCAUUGUCGUAUAUCUUAGGCGAAGCUGAAGAGGAAGAUGAUGAAGAGGGUGAUGGUGAAUAUGAAGUAGAAGAGCCUGAAGAACUUGAAGCCGAUGGUUUGGAAUCAAAGCACAAGUAUGGAAGCAGCCAUCACGCACACAGGCUGAAAAAGAAGGCUAAAAGGACUAAGAAAUACUCGAAGUAUAUGAUGCCUCUCUUGCUCGCCUAUAAGCUGAAAUAUUUCGCGAUAAUUCCAGUCAUGAUUGGCGGUCUGGUUUUAUUGGUGGGAGCUACUGGCUUAGCUGGCUUUUUCUUUGCCUUAUUCGCAGCUGUUAUGGGACUACAGAAAGGCGGUUAUUAAGUAAGAUAAGUCGACGUUCUCGCAGAUGCCAUCAGAUUUAGAUAGUAACAACAAAUUUUUACAAAUAUCAUUUCUGUUUAAGGAAUUAGAUACAGCUGAAAGGCGUAACAGUGAUAUAUUCCUUCAUAAAACUUUUGCUAUUUUAGAAUUGCCAGUAUUAUUUUAUUGUAUAUUCGUUUACUGGCAA